AUGAUCGAACGGAUGGCGCAGACAGAUGAGACUGACAUGAUGUUGAUGGCGCAGUUCGAGAAGCUGGUGGGCCAGCGUGACAAAGGAGACCGUCGUGACGCCCAACGGCACGGAGAAAACAAUGGGCAGCAACAACGGGGACGAGACGACGGGCACCACGAUAUCUCCAAGGGAGACAAUGGUUGUCGAAGAACCGCGCAGGAUGCAGAGGCGAGCAAGCCACGGGGCGGUGGGGACAGUGGUGGAAAAGGGGGUAGUGGUGGCGGCGCCUUUCCUCGCCAAACUCGUGCAUCUGGAGUUCCCUAA